UCCAGCACGCCACGAUUUCUUGCUUGACGGUAUACUAUUUGAAGUCCGACAGUCUUUUAUAUUUUUCCCUUCUCUUUUCCGAUCCUUUGCGUGUGAUCAGCAGUAAAACGCAGAGUAAAAAGCGUGCGCAUUACGCACCAACCGCUUCCAUUAGCGAUCUUCUCCUGUUUUCUGCUGAUUCGCAGUUCUUAUCGUGCGCUUCUUCUUUUUGGUUCGUAUUGUUUUGACGAACUGAGGAAUCGAAAGAAGAGGAGAAGGAGAGAGAGGAUGGGUUAUCUACUCGUAUGGGUAUUGUUCUUCUUCGUCGUUGUAGCUCUUCUAGCGCUCGUCGUUUACCAGCUUAUGUGCUUGGCGGAUCUAGAGUUUGAUUAUAUCAAUCCUUAUGAUUCCGCAUCUCGGAUAAACAAAUUGAUUUUUCCAGAGUUUGUCACGCAAGCAGUCUUAUGCUUCCUCUGUCUUGUAACCGGGCAUUGGGUUAUGGCGCUGUUGAAUGUUCCAUACAUGUACUACAAUGUGAGAUUGUACAUGCGGAGACAGCACCUGAUAGAUGUAACUGAGAUCUUCAACUUGCUUAGUAGGGAAAAGAAGAUACGGAUCUUCAAACUCGCUUAUCUGAUAUUUCUUCUCUUUGUCUCCUUAUUUUGGAUGAUUUGGAACGUUUUGGAAGAGGAUGAACAUGAAUUUUGACUUCCAUUAUUAUGGAAAACGAGUGGAGGAUCAUCACCUGCUGCCUUUUAUUGAGCGAUAUUUCUGUGGCUGCAUUAUUUCAAGACCAACUCUUCUGUGAUUUAUAUAAUUUGAACAAUUCCCAGGGCUUGUAGGUAGGGUUUCUCAGUUUUAGGUUUUUAAUUUGAUACGACAUCCUUAGAUUGUUGUAUGGUCUUGAGACACUCGUUGAUAUUUUUUUCCCGUGUAUAUGUUUUCGCCAUUAUUGGGUUUUCUUCACAUUUUCUCAUUGGAACUGUAAGUCUGUAAUGGGCAUUGGCAGCUUGCCAAGAGCUUCUAUUAAACCGGUGUGAACGGCUCUUUUGUGUUCCUGCAUGUCUGCCAGCGAUUUGUUAAACAAUGUUUGGGAGGAGACCUUAACUUGUUUUUGCCGGAACAUAUAUGUGUUUUCAAGUGAGGGUCUCGAGUA